AUCAAACAGCGACGUUACCCCUCGCAACGAUAAUUACGCGUCUCCUUCAGUCUGCAAAACGUUGAAGCUAAACUCGCUUCUUCUGUGAAAUCCAGUUGUACAUUAACGACACAAAGUGUGCUAAUGCCUAAAAUAAGCUCGGACACAUUAUGGGAUGUGGCUGCAGCAGAAGUGCGCAACAGGGAGAACAGGACAGGUGAAGAGGAUGCUGAGGAGGAUGCACACUUCCCCACCGAGAGUACAGUUUUCUUAAUGGGCAGUAAAGCAGGGGGUAAAACAACAAUAUUACUGCGGUUCCUCGACAGAGAUGAAGCACCUAAACCUACACUGGCGUUGGAGUAUACUUUUGGUAGAAGGGCGAGAGGACAUAAUACGCCUAAAGACAUAGCUCAUCUGUGGGAACUAGGAGGUGGCAUUUCUUUAUCAGAUCUUGUUCAGAUUCCCAUCACAGCUGACAAUAUCAGUGCGUUGUCUGUGGUGCUUGUCCUGGAUCUGUCGAAACCCAAUGCUCUGUGGGAGACCAUGGAGAGGCUGCUUGAGUCAGCUCGAAGCCAGGUGGAAAAAGUGUGCGCCUCACUCCAAAAGACAGGAGAAUCUAGAUCCGGCAAACAACCAAGCCAGAACAGAGUCUCACGAGUCCUCCACAAGGACUAUCCGGACAGAGAGCUCAUAAACCCUUUUCCUGUUUCUCUUCUCAUAAUUGGUAGCAAGUUUGACAUCUUUCAGGAUUUUGAUUCAGAGAAGAGAAAAGUGAUCUGUAAGACUCUACGCUUUGUAGCCCAUUUCUAUGGAGCAUCAUUAAUUUUCACCAGCAGUAAGUCAGAAACCACAGUGUCUAAAGCCAGGAGUUUUGUCAAUCAGCUGGCAUUUGGGACUGAAAGGCCAAAGUCAAUCUCUACAGACCCCAGCAAACCUCUGGUUAUUCCAGCGGGCCUAGACUCCCUCAGUCAGAUUGGUCCACCUGUGACCUCUGAUGUUGAUAUUGGAACCCUACAUGCCAAAAACCCCUUAGACCUUUGGAAAAAGGUUUUUGAAAGGGUUUUUCCACCAGAGAGCAUCAAGGAACGUAAAGAGCUGAAAGAUCCUGCCAAAGACCCUCAGUACAGUGAGCCCCUUAUAGACUCCAUGAGAGCACAGAAAGACCAGGAGCUGGAGCAGUACAAGAGAGAGCAGGCCAAGUCAUGGAAAAAUGUUGCUCUGGACCCAAAGAUUUAAAUAUUACAUGUAUUUAAUUACGGGACCACAUGGACUGAGAAAUAAUGUUUGACAGGAAGAGUAUGCACAAUACUAGUUUUCUACUUUAUUCACAGUCCAUUAUGCACAAUAAAGGAUGAUGAGUUACGUUUUAAUGCACAAAUAUAGCUAUAAUCUAUUUGUUUUGUGUAAUUGCACUAUGGUUAGCUGUUUCACCUUUGUAAUUCACAUUUUUUACCUAGUCAAGUCAUUUUUAUUUGUAUAGCACUUUUCACAACCCACAUCGUUUCAAAGCAGCUUUACAGAAAAUCAUGCAUUAAUAGAAAAUGAAACUGUAAUAUCUAUAAAGUUUUACAGUAAUUGUGUAGUUUGAUUAAACAUGAUUGUAAUUUUUUUAUAAAAAUAAAUAAUUAAAUAAUAA